AUGAUUAUGAACGCGGCUCAGGUCUUCAUGGCAGGUGAUGAAGCGUCGUCUCAACGGCUAACUAGACGAGCAAAAUUAAACCGAGACCAAAAAGCCGCCCACGAUAAACUAGUAGCCGAAUAUUUUGCCGACGAACCCGUGUACACAGACGAGAUGUUUCGACGUCGGUUCCGCAUGAGUCGUCGACUUUUUUUACGUAUCGCAGGCGACAUGGCCCAGUCUGAUCCGUUUUUUACACUGCGAUACGACGCAAGGGGGCAAAGGGGUUUCACUAAUUUACAAAAAUGUACGUCGGCCAUUCGCCAACUGCCAUACGGUUACGCACCUGAUGCAUUAGACGAGUAUUUAAGGAUGUCCGAAAGAACCGCACUUCUAUGUUUACAGAAGUUUUGCGAAUGGGAAUGCUCGGGAGCAUUGAUUGCAUGCACUGGUCGUGGCAGAACUGCCCAACUGCCUGGCAAGUCACAGAUAUUUGACGAUUUAGUGGCGGGAACAGGUCCAGACACAAGUUUUACGGUUUCAGGGGUGGAAUACAGGCGAGGUUACUACCUAGCAGAUGGAAUAUACCCAGCGGUGGCGGACAGACUUCAAACAGACCAGGAAAAUGGCGAUUUUACUUGGAAUUGGUCUAGACAUCCUGAGUCGGACAACGAGCUUAAGGAAUGGCAGGAGUGUAAAGAUGUUCUCAACCUAGUAAGGCUUUCCAACGACAAAGACUCUUGGUUUUGGAACGAUGGAGAAUCGGGGAGUUUUUCGGUGAAGGUUGUAAAAAAGGCUUUAGUUGAAGACAGAGGGGAAAGUUUUCUCCCGAAUUUUGUGUGGUGCAAAUGGGUGCCCCUAAAAUUUAACAUUAUGGAUUGGAGAUGCAACCUGGAUAGACUCGCUACGAGAGCCAAUCUAAGAAGAAGGAAUAUUAACAUAACCUCGGUUAUGUGCCCGUUCUAUGACAUCUAUGAGGAAACCGUGGACCAUCUUUUUUCAGCUUGCGUGGUUUCUAAUUAG